CCCGGCACACGCCCAUAGAUGACGCUAAGAUCGCGUGACUCUGUCCAUGGUCCCGAGCUUUUUUGGGCUGAAUAUCUGAAAGAUCUUUGUUUUUCCAAGUGAAAUGAUCAUCAGUCCCGUUUAAAGGUAACUGUAACUCACUUUUUAUCAAAUGAAGAUGCUGUCUCGUUUACUGAAGGAGCACCAGGCGAAGCAAAACGAGCGGAAAGAGCUGCAAGAAAAACGCAGACGUGAAGCCAUAGCUGCAGCCACGUGCCUGACAGAAGCCCUUGUGGACCAUCUGAAUGUUGGAGUGGCCCAGGCAUAUGUGAAUCAACGCAAGUUGGACCAUGAAGUUAAGACACUGCAAGUCCAAGCAAGCCAGUUUUCCAAGCAGACCGCCCAAUGGAUCAGUAUGGUGGAGGGCUUUAACCAGGCCCUAAAGGAAAUUGGUGAUGUAGAGAACUGGGCUCGCAGUAUUGAACUGGACAUGAGAACCAUCGCUACGGCCUUGGAGUAUGUGCACAAAGGUCAGCUCCAAACAGCAUCCACGUAGUGCCGGAAAUAAUAGACAUUUCACUACCAAAUCUACCAAGAUAAUAUGAAGACAGUUGCUUCAUUAGAUCUGGAUAAUGGUACCAUCGCUUGUCCUGAAAUUUGGAAGAAUUUGGGCUGAACUGGAGGACUGCAUAUGAUAUGGCUAAUGUGUCUGUCAAGGCCAAAUAUUUAAAGUAAUAAAUUAUAAUGCCAUGGUUUGUGCGUUAAAAUAAAACGCACAAGUUAAAUUAUGAUGAUAUCAGUCUAAUGCUAAUGUUAUUUGUACAGCGCAAUUUUUGUUUGUUUGUUUUUUUAUCAUGCUUGAACCGUUAAAAUAAAUGUUAUACAUAUUGUCCCUCA